AGGGCAAGAGCAAGACCCUGGACUACAGCGACCUCCAGCCGGGGGUCCUGGUGCCCGCCCCCGCCCCCGAGACCGGGCUCAAGCGGGGACGCGAGGGGGGCCGCGCCUCCACCCGCGACCGAAAGAUGCUCAAGUUCAUCAGCGGCAUCUUCACCAAGAGCCCUGCGGCGACCCCCACCCACCCCGCGCCCCCCUGGGCUCCCCCCGGCGCCGAGGCGGCCGCUGGCACCCCGCACAAGGCCUUGGUGAACAGCCAGGAGUGGACCCUGGGCCGUUCUAUCCCCGAGAUCCGCCUGGGUGUCCUGGGCAGCAGCAAGAGUGGGAAGUCGGCGCUCGUCCAUCGGUUCCUCACCGGCUCCUACGUGGGCUUGGAGCCCACCGAGAGUGGCCAGUUCAAGCGUGAGGUGACCGUUGAUGGCCAGAGCCACCUCCUGCUCAUCCGGGAGGAGGCCGGUGCCCCGGACGCCCAGUUUGCCAGCUGGGCGGACGCCGUCAUCUUCGUCUUCAGCCUGGAGAGCGAGAGCAGCUUCGAGGAGGUGACGCAGCUGCACGCGCUGCUCAGCGACCUGCGCGGCACCAGCGACCUGGCCCUGGCGCUGGUGGGCACCCAGGACAAGAUCAGCUCGUCCAGCCCGCGGGCGGUGGAGGACGUGCCCCGGGCGCUCUGCGGGGACGCGCGGCGCUGCCUCUACUACGAGACCUGCGCCACCUACGGCCUCAACGUGGACAGGGUCUUCACCGAGGUGGCCCAGAAGGCCGUGGCGCUGAAGAAGCAGCAGCAGCUGAUGGCGUCCUGCAAGUCCCUGCCCAGCUCCCCGAGCCACUCGGCCGCCUCCACCCCGGUGGGGGGGGUCCACCCCAGCCAGACCAGCAACGGUGGCCACACCAGCGACUACUCGUCCUCGCUGCCCUCCACCCCCAACGUGAGCCACCGGGAGCUGCGCAGCGAGACCCCGGGCCCGCUGGGCACCCCCAGCUCGCUGCACCGCGGGGCCAAGCGCCGCACCAGCCUCUUCGCCACGCGCCGCGGCAGCGACUCCGAGAAGCGCAGCCUGGACAGCCGAGGCGAGGGCGCCGGCAGCGGCCGCGCCAUCCCCAUCAAGCAGAGCUUCCUGCUGAAGCGCAGUGGCAACUCCCUGAACAAGGAGUGGAAGAAGAAAUACGUGACCCUGUCCAGCAACGGCCUCCUCUUCUACCACCCCAGCAUCAACGACUACAUCCACAGCACGCACGGCAAGGAGAUGGACCUGCUGCGCACCACGGUCAAGGUGCCGGGGAAGCGCCCGCCCCGCGCCAUCUCGGCCUGCGGCCCCUCGGCCAGCAUCAACGGGCUGCUGCGGGAGCCCGAGCCCGCCGCCACGGUCCCCUCGGUGGGGCUGAGCCUGCCCCCCGAGCCGGGGCUGAAGGUGGUGGGCAAGGGGUCCCUGCAGCGCUGCGCCUCCGCCUCCAGCGCCAAGCUGGCCUCAGAGUCCCCGCUGUCCUUCGAGGCCGUGUCCAGCCCGGGCAGCGCUGGCAGGGACCCUCCACCCUCGCCCCUGGUGGACAGGAAGAAGCACCGGAGGAAGAAGCUGAUGACGCCGUCCAAGACCGAGGGCUCGGGUGGGCAGGCAGAAGCCAAGCGCAAAAUGUGGAAAUUAAAAAGUUUUGGUAGUUUAAGAAAUAUUUAUAAAACAGAGGAGGAGAACUUUGAGUUCCUGAUCGUGUCGAGCACGGGGCAGACGUGGCACUUCGAGGCCGGCAGCUUCGAGGAGCGCGACGCGUGGGUGCAGGCCAUCGAGAGCCAGAUCCUGGCCAGCCUGCAGUGCUGCGAGAGCAGCAAGAACAAGGCGCGCGUGGACAGCCAGAGCGAGGCCGUGGCCAUCCAGGCCAUCCGCAACGCCCACGGGAACUCGCUCUGCGUGGACUGCGGGGCGCCCAACCCCACGUGGGCCAGCCUGAACCUGGGCGCCCUGAUCUGCAUCGAGUGCUCGGGCAUCCACCGCAACCUGGGCACGCACGUGUCGCGCGUGCGCUCGCUGGACCUGGACGAUUGGCCCCGCGAGCUGACCCUGGUGCUCUCGGCCAUCGGCAACGCCACCGCCAACAGCAUCUGGGAGCAGAACCCGCGCGGGCGCUGCAAACCCAGCCCCGAGUCCUCCCGGGAGGAGCGGGAGUCGUGGAUCCGUGCCAAGUACGAGCAGCGCCUGUUCCUGGCUCCGCUGCCCGCGGCCGAGGCGCCGCUGGCCGAGCGGCUGCUGGUGGCCGUGGGCCAGCAGGACCUGCCCGCGGUGCUGCUGCUGCUGGCCCACAGCCACAAGGAGCAGCUCAACGUGCCCACGGCCGACGCCGAGCGGCGCACGGCGCUGCACCUGGCCUGCGACACCGCCCAGGUGGUGGUCACCCAGCUGCUGGUGUGGUACGGGGCCGACGUGCGCGCCCGGGACGGUCACGGCCGCACCGCGCUUCUCGCCCGCCGCGCCGGCAGCCGCGAGUGCUCCGACAUCCUGCUGCAGCAUGGCUGCCCGGCGAGGGGCCCGGCAGCCCCGCGACCCCCGGCAGCCCCCGACCCCCGGGCCCCCGACCCCCGGCGGGCCCCCGACCCCGGGCCCCGCCGCCGCAGCAGCUGCGCCAGCGUGGGGCCCUGCGAGCCCCGCUCUGCCCUGGUAUAG